AUGGCAGACGUAGACGAGGAGGCCAUCCAGGUCCCUGCAAACGCCGCUGCACAGCCCGAGGUUGACCUGUCCGAUGAGACGCAGGACUUCCGCUUCUUGAACCACUUAAAUUUCUUUUCCGAUUCAUCCCCCAGUAUCCCGCGCCGCGGCGAGAAGGACUUUGAGCCUAAUCCGACAGAGCUUCAAGCCGAUGUCCUCUCCGCUUCGCGAGGGGCCAUGCACAAUGCGCUCUCAUACCCCCGUCUUCACGGUCCCAAAACUCGUGUAAUAGCCUUCUACGCACCGGACGGAUUCGUUCCUCCAGCUCAGAUCGCUCGCCCGACACCGAAAGCUGGCGAAGAUGAAAAGAGCUCGGAGUCUACCCCCAAACCCGCGAGGCCUCUGCCCAAUUCCGCCAGGAUAUCCCCCGAUGCGUGUGUCUACGUGCCGAAUCCAAAGGGCCAGUUAUUCAAGUCAAUGGGCCAGGCAGACUCGUCAAGCCGUGUUUGGCUGUUACCUGAGGAAGCCUUAUAUCUUAUUGAGCGAGGAAGUCUGGAUAUCAGAUGGCCUAGCCCUGCCGGUUCCACCGCGGGCCCAGGGGAAGAAGAUCUCUCUAUCCCUAUGAGCUUGCAGGCUGCGUAUGCAUGCUUCAUGGGCCGUGGUGGUCUCACGCUUGAGCGGUACUCCGUUUAUACCGGUCUUAAACGUCUGGGUUAUGCGCUCAUUCGAGCUCCCGGAUGGUGCGAUGACAUCGAGCAUUUAGAAGCGGAUGCCUCAGAUGCCAGUGAAAUAACAUCACCUAAACUUCAUGGCCCCGGCCUGGCUGGUAUGCUUUCGUCGCUUUUCAAAUGGAUCCAUGAUCCUCACUCGACGGCCUCUACGGCAACUGGGCCUAUCAUCGGCACUGGUAUUCAUCGUCAUUACAUGGAUGUAUACCGCAAGCUUGCCAUCAUCCCCUGGUAUGAUCCAGCCACUGCGUCCGAAAGACACCCCUCCGACACCACCGCACCCUUCCGCGUCGUAUUCCAUGUCUACAAGCCCUCAACUCCCUUCAAAAAGUCCGCACCUCCACCUCCAGACUUCCGCGUCGCAGUCGUCAGCACACGCGACCAAACCACCAUGCCCACUAUGACACAACUCGGUGCUUUACUUGAAAGCACACCACUUGAUCCCCCUCGUGGGGAGAAAAUGGACCGCAUGAUGUACAUGAGACUGCGGCACGGAUACCGCAAUGUCGUCAUGGCUGUCGUUGAUCAGGGUGUGAUAAGUUACUUGCGAAUUGCAGAUUCGGCAUUCGGAAAGGAGAAGCUUUAUGAGAAUAAGGGUGGACCUCAGGGUCCUAAGCGGGGUCGCAACCAGAAGACGAGGAAACGCUGA